AAAUGAGGAUUAGUGCGUUGUCACCUAUGUGUGUAUGUGCGUGCGUGUGUUUGGUGUGCGCGCCGCGGGCCAGGUUAAGUAGCCUGGUUACACACACAAUACCUCGGAGUGCUGUUAUGAAAGAGGGGAAAUGAUGAAGCUGUGACCAGCAACGACUCGGUGAUUUAUUCCUAAGAGGACAUUACUGUGUGUGUGUGUGUGUGUGUGAGUGUGUGUGUAUGGUUAAACCUGCUGAUCGACGCCGCUCACAAACUGCUGUGCGCUUUUUUUUUUCUCCUCCACUCUCCACCGUCCAACCAGCGGAGGAUCCGUCCGACGGACAAGAAUGAGGUCCUUGUCUUCGAUCCGCCCUUGCUAAAGAUGGUUCAGCGAAGGUCCCCUGUGAUUAUGCUUCCUCCCGUGGUUAUGGUUGCACCCAGUAAGCAGUCAGGAAUGUCUUCCUUCUCCUGCCUAUGACAUGGUUUAACCCACAUAUGAUCCGGUCGCCAUGAUGGCCUCCAUGGUUGCCAAUGGAAAUCGAGAUGGGCAGUCUCUGGUGUUGAAAGGGGUGGAUCCAGAGACCUGCAUGAUUGUGUUCAAGAACCACUGGGCUCAGGUGGUGAAGAUCCUAGAAAAACAUGAUCCCCUGCGCAGCAGCUCCAACCUUCCCUCCUUGAGUGUCAUCAACCUCAGCGCUGGCUCUAGCGGCGGUACUCGUUUCGGGCCCAUCCCCGGAGAUGAGGCGAGCGCGGUGCAGAACUAUGUGGAGCACAUGCUCUUCUUGCUGAUGGAGGAGGAAUGCGGACAAGCCGGCGCUAUGGGCCCCAUCCUGGAGUUUGUGGUGAUGGAGAACGUGAUGGAGCGUCUCUUUGUGUGGAGCCUCCGCAGGGAGUUCACAGACGACAUGAAGCUGGAGCAGCUAAAGAUGUACGAGAUGCUGGUGGGUCAGGCUCACCAGCCUCUGCUGCAUCACAAGCCCAUCCUGCGGCCACUCAUGAUGCUGCUGUCGUCCUGCUCGGGCACCGCGACUCCGCAGGUCGAAGCCGAGCUGGUGUUGCUCCUCAACCAGCUGUGUUGCGUUUUGGCAAAGGACCCUUCAAUACUGGAGCUGUUUUUCCACACCAGCGAGGAUCAGGGAGCCACCAACUUCCUCAUCUUCUCCCUGCUCAUCCCCUUCAUCCACAGGGAGGGCACAGUGGGCCAGCAAGCCAGAGAUGCACUGCUGCUCAUCAUGUCGCUGUCUGCUGAGAACGAGCGGGUGGCCAAACACGUCGCAGAGAAUACAUUCUUCUGUCCGGUGCUGGCCACAGGCCUGAGCGGCCUGUACUCAUCUCUGCCCACCAAGCUGGAGGUUCCCAAUGAGGAGUGGCACUGCCUGCACAAAGAGGACUGGCUCCAGAUGCCGUCCCUGGUCCAGUUUCUCAAUUCGUUGGAAUUCUGCAACGCUGUUAUUCAGGUGGCCCACUCUGAUAUCAGAAACCAGCUAGUUGCUUAUAUCUACAAUGGAUUCCUUGUGCCUGUCCUUGCACCAGCUCUCCACAAGCUGACCUUAGAGGAGGUGAUGACCACCACAGCCUACCUCGACCUCUUCCUGAGGAGUGUGUCCGAGCCGGCCCUGCUGCAGACUUUCCUCUCCUUCAUCCUCCUCCACCAGCAUGACAACGUCCACAUUUUAGAUACUCUAGUCAGCCGCAUCAACACCCCCUUCCAGUUAGGCACUGUGUCACUGGCACUUUUCCGCACUCUCAUUGGCUUAUACUGUGAAGAUGUGAUGCUGCAGCUCAUAUUGAGGUACCUGAUCCCCUGUAACCACAUGAUGUUGAGUCAGAGACGGGUGGUGAGGGAGAGGGACUGCUACUCUGUGUCAGCAGCCAAGAUCCUGGCGCUGACGCCAUCCUGCUGCUCUCCUGAUCACAGCCCCCCGCCCCUCCGACAGCUGGACUCCAUCCUCUUUUCCAAGGGUGCAGAAACUCCCAACAGCAACAGCAACGACACGGAGGAAAACAAGAGCUUCUUGGAGGAGGGUGAUGGCUCCGGUAACUCCUGCACCAUCGGCUCAGAAAUCUACCUGGAUGUCAGUUACCUUCAUUACCUCUACGACGCCCGUAUGAGCAUCAGCAGCUGCAUACGGGCCUGCCAGGUUUGGUCAGCGGCGUAUGACGGUGAGGAUCCUCCUCCUGAGAAAUUCCAGCCCGGCGUCCUUGAGGAUCCAGGGCUUAAGAGUCGGCAAACCCAGAUGGCUCUCAAAAGAGUUCCUCAGCCGCUAGUGCCGCGCCCUCGACCCUGCCCGCCGCCCAGUACAGACCUGCCCUCCAUCCCCCAGCUGGAGCUGGAGUGGGAUGAUAGUUACGACGCGUGCCCAGUGCAGAUUGCCGAGUCCCCUGCGGAGAGUAAACCUCCACAGCCUCCUGUCGAGCCCCCACAGCACAUCCAGGAGAUGAGGAAAACAGCCAUCAUGCUGGUGAAAGGCGCCUAUAUCGAGGAGAAUGAGUUCCAGGAUGACGUCAUGGUAUAUGACCUUGUCGCCAAGAAAGACAGCAGAGAUGUCGAGCUCGCUAAACUCAAAUCAAAGACGCCUGAAUCUGAAGAAACCCAAACAGACUCAGCAGAAGUUCCUCUAAAAAACGGACUCAGUCUAACCCUUCCAACCUCUCUGACGCCUGAAAACAGCAAGAGCAGCUCGGACACAAAGGCCAAAGGUCAGACAGAUUGUAAUUCCAACCUUCAAAACAACACUACUACUACUACUGCUGCUGCUGAGCUGGGCGAUGACCUUUUGGCUCAGUAUGAGGAGCUCAUUCGUACAUUGGACACUGAAGCAGGUGGAAAACAGUUCAAAACUGACGGAGAGCUGAAGAAGCCUGUGAUACCUUUGGCGGAGGAGGACGACGAGGAGGAGGAGAUGGAUUUCACCUCUUUCUCUGCUGAGACUCCAGAGCCAGAGAAACUGCAUUCACCAUUUGGGAAGUUUUGCAGCGGAAGUGUAGGAAGAAGCCAGUCAGUGCCUUUUACUGGUCCUUUUGUCAGUGUGCUAUUGUCUCGCAUGGAGAACAUGCUGUCAAACUCGCUCCAUGUCAACUUGUUGUUGACGGGCAUCCUGGCCCAGUUGGCGGCCUACCCUCAGCCUCUCCUGCGCUCAUUCCUCCUCAACACCAACUUGGUCUUUCAGCCGACUGUUCGCUCCCUUUACCAGGUACUAGCCACUGUGAAGCACCAGAUAGAAGAGCUGGCUGCUUCCAGAAAAGACUUUCCUGAGCUGAUCACUGCUGCCCAACACUGGCUGCUGGCCAGGGAGACUUCCUUCAUGGCAGCAGACAAAAGCGGCAGCAGACACUCCACCCACGGCGAGGCGGGAAGGCUCUUGAAGAGUUCGCCGCCGCCCAAACCCAAAGCCAUCUCUUUGGAUCGGACAGAAGUCUUCGCUACCGUCCUCUUCACGGAGUUCCUCAAAGAAAUGGCUGCCAUUGCACAAGAGCACUCCAUCUUAUCAUACAUUCCUAUGGAAGAGUGAUUGUGUCCCAGUAGGCCUCCGUAAUGAGUCCAACUUAACUCUUUUAAAAGACUCAAGUUUAUGAUGGUUUUUCUAUUUUUUCAACAUUUUCAGGCACUCCUUGAUGAAGAAACCUCUUCAAGUGAUUUAUACAACUAUUUUUAAAAAGAAUCAAAGCGUAUUUAUUUUCCAAGCAAAGAUAAUCAAUUGCGUCUUCUAAGAGCGACAGCCAAGAAGGAAGUCCAAACCUUCAGCUAGAGAAAUCUCGACCUGUUUGCUGAAGCCUACACCAGCCCAUAAUGCUCAGAGCGAGCUCCAGGUCCACCAACCAAAGACUGUAAGAGAGAUGAUUUUAACAAAAACAGCAUAUUUUUUAACAAUCAUCUGAACUUUAGGGUUCUGCCUUCGUUCUGAAUGUCUUCUAAAACCAGCUCCAACACAACCACUGCUCAGUGUGGUUCUGUUAAAUACUCAGGUGGCCUUCCUGGAGAGUCGUUGCCUCUUUGCCACAACAUGACUGAGCACUACUUUGAGAGGGCGAAUGUUCGUCGUUAUAGUAAUACCUGACUGGCCGCAGGGCUGGCAUCAUCACACAUCUAAACUUUGUUCUUAUAAAACUGUUACAUGUCUACAUUUGUUUUGGGGGGUAAAAACAGUCGGUUGGUCACUUUUUUGUCUUUACAUCGUGGUGUUUCCACUAAAUCUUCGUGUGUGUUAGGUGUACAUUUGUUUUGGUGUGUUUCUUUUCAUUCAUGACGGUACCUCAGGAGUUUUUUAAUGCACAUUCGGUUCUCUCGGUUCUUUGGGUGAGGCAGUUUUCCUCCAAUGCACUCCAAUAGGUGGUCACAUUAAUGUUCUUCAAACCAGAAUUAAUCCUGCUAUAUUUAAUUUGCCUUACUUUAGUGACGCUUUAUAAUGUACAUAUUGUAAGAAAAGGACAUAGAACACUAUGCAAAUCAAGGAUAUUUUGGGUAUAAUUAAGUUUUGGAUAUUUUCAGAACAGGGGAAGGGGUAUUUAAGCUUUUAUGUGAGUUUCUAUUGCCAUAUUUUUUUUUCUCAUGAGGUUGUACUUGAGGCUAGUCGCUAUGGUCUGUUAUCUAUUUCGGCAUUGUGUCGGGUGUUGUUUUUAGUUGUGGUAAAGCUGGAAUCUCACUGUUGGAGUCUCAGAUUGUUAUAGAGGGUUGGAAAUCACCUUCUUAUUAGUUCACGUGUUGCACAUGGUUGUUAAAAUGGAAUAAUACACGAAGUGUUUUGUUACAAAGCAUAAAUACCUUUUUAAAUUGGUGCCUAAAUUAUGAUUUUAGUUCACAGUUUUGCCUGAUUUCAAACUGAUUUAUGCAGGAGUUACAUAUAUUGUUCUUUUUACGUUUAAAGGUCCAGUGUGUAGGAUUUAGCACCACCUAGCAGUGAAGCUGCAGAUUGCAACCUACUGAAUACUCUCCUACGCCUCACCCUCUCCUGUCAAGCAUAUAGAAAAAAAAACUCUGGCUGCUAAAUUCACAUAAAAAACAAAAUCUAGAGCCAGUGUUUGAUUUGUCUGCUCGGGGCUACUGUAGAAAAAGUAGUAGUGGAUGAGGACCCACUUUCACUGUAGAUCUAGAGGGCUCAUUUUAAGGCAACGAAAACUCGAUGAUUGAGUAAUGAAAACAUACUAUGAUAUCCAUUUCCUGCCAAUAGAUCCUCUGAAUCUUACACACUGGACCUUUAAACUUAAAAUAUAUAGUCUUUUUUUUUUAAGCUGUCCAUUGUCAAGUGUAAAGGAAAGGUCAUAGGGGCUGAAGAUGUGCAACGUAUAUUUGUUUUUGUCCCAUUAUUUCUAACACUGCUUUCAAAAAUAAUCCAUUUGUUACUUGAUCAACUGCUAAAAA